CAACAAUUUGUUUUCAGUACAUUUUCAGUUGGUAGUACACAGGAAAUGCCACGUGUACCGAGUGCGCAUGUGCGGGCGCUUUUGGGACUCUGAUCCCGACUUCCUGUUUGAGGAUUUUGAGCGAUUGAUUUCGCACGGGCCUGCACCCCAGUUUGGCUGGGUUUGGCUCCAGCAUGCCGCUAUAACUCGCUUAAACCGGGGAUCUACGCGCUACUCUCGCCCACAAGUAAAGGGCUGCUCUCACAGUCUCUUGCGACUUUACUGAAGAUCCUGGUUUUGUUUUGUUUGUUGUGUGUGGACAUUGAUCCGGGUGUUCCUUUCAAAAUGUCCAAUACUGCUGCUGGAUACAACUCGCAAAACGGGGAAGGGAAGCCGCCGUGUAGCAAUGGCCCUAUACAGAAUCCGGUAAUGACGCAGGCCCCAGGGCAGGGUUACAAUACAGCAGCCGUGACGAUGCAUCCACAACACAUGCCAGCCAAGGCUCCUUUAGAGCAACCUGCCGGACAGUAUCAUUAUGGCUGUUAUCAGAGCGCUCCUCCUGCGAGCAUGUAUCAGGGACCUGGUCAGAGCGCUCCUCCUGUGAGCGUGUAUCAGGGACCUGGUCAGAGCGCUCCUCCUGUGAGCGUGUAUCAGGGACCUGGUCAGAGCACUCCUCCUGUGAGCAUGUAUCAGAGACCUGGUCAGAGCGCUCCUCCUGUGAGCGUGUAUCAGGGACCUGGUCAGAGCGCUCCUCCUGCGAGCGUGUAUCAGGGACCUGGUCAGAGCGUUCCUCCUGCGAGCGUGUAUCAGAGACCUGGUCAGAGCGCUCCUCCUGUGAGCAUGUAUCAGGGACCUGGUCAGAGCGCUCCUCCUGUGAGCGUGUAUCAGGGACCUGGUCAAACCAACAUGACCAGGCCUCCCUCGAGACCCCUUCAGCCACAUCAAGGAGGAUCUGCCAGGAUAGCAGCCCCAGCUCAGAGCUCCACACCUCCACCUGUGUCUUCUAAUAGCUUUUAUCCAGGCUCUCAGAUCCCCCCUCAUUCACACUGGCCAUAUGGCACGUCCCCUCCCAUGAGCCAGCCUUCAGUGGGCUCCCCAGCAAACCAUGUGACGUCGGCACCAAGCCAGCCCUCUGGGUAUGGGAUCCAGAACAGCCCACCGCAGGGACCCCCUGCUCCUCUGAACAGCUCUGUGCAGCCAGGCCAGCCCUCUGGUUAUGGGAUCCAGAACAGCCCCUCACAGGGACCCCCUGCUCCUCUGAACAGCUCUGUGCAGCCAGGGCCAGCCCCCCCUCCUUUCAAUCCACCUUCAUCGCAAACAUACCAGCCUGGCAGGCAGCCUUUCGGGCCUCCCCCUCCUCUCAGACCAGCAGCGCCCCCUACUGGACAGUUAAAUAAUGCAGCCACUCCCCUGCCACCUGCUGCUGCUAAACAAGAAGUACCAGGAGCAGAGAGAGCGCACAUCCACAACAGCUUUGAUGCUUUGGAAAGUGGAGGCAGAAACGCUGCACAGCAUCCUCCACAGAUGGGCAGGGCAGUUGGCCUGUCGUAUCCCUCGUUACCUCCUGGCUACCAGAACAUGGCUGCCCCCCCCUCUGCACCGGGAAUGCAGCCUCGGAGCCAGCCUUACCCUGCAGGAGCCCAGUCCUUUCAACAGGCUCCGCUGGGUCCAGCUCAGCUUGGCUCUGCUCUGGGAGGGAUGAGUCUGCAUCAGAGCCAGCCUCCUGAAGCACUGAGAGCCAUCAACCUGCUCCAGGAGAGGAACCUCCUGCCCCAGGGUCCCGUCACCCCCCCUGUGCCCUGCCUGCCCCAGGACCUGCAGCGCCUCAACUGCAGUCCCGAGGUCUUUCGGUGCACUCUGACCAACAUCCCUCAAACUCAGUCUUUGCUAAACAAAGCUAAGCUUCCCUUGGGGUUACUCCUCCAUCCAUUCAGAGACAUGUCGCAGCUGCCAGUGGUCACCUCCAGCACCAUCGUGAGGUGUCGAUCCUGCAGAACCUACAUCAACCCCUUCGUCACGUUCCUCGACCAGAGGAGAUGGAAGUGCAAUCUGUGCUACCGAGUCAAUGAGGUUCCAGAAGAAUUUAUGUAUAACCCUGUAAGCAGAUCAUAUGGAGAACCACAUAAAAGGCCAGAAGUUCAAAAUCCCACAAUUGAGUUCAUUGCACCUUCAGAAUAUAUGCUGCGGCCGCCCCAGCCUGCAGUGUACCUCUUCGUACUCGAUGUAUCCCACAAUGCAGUAGAGACGGGAUACUUGGACACGGUGUGCCAGUCGCUCCUGGACAGUCUCAGCUUACUGCCAGGAGACACCAGGACAAAGAUAGGCUUCAUUACGUUUGACAGCACAGUCCAUUUCUAUAACCUUCAGGAGGGCCUGUCUCAGCCUCAGAUGCUGGUUGUCUCGGACAUUGAAGAUAUCUUCAUACCAACACCAGACAGCCUGCUGGUAAACCUCAGCGAAUGCAAGGAGCUGGUCCAGGACUUGCUGAAAGGCUUGCCCCAGAUGUUCACCAGGACCCUGGAGACACAGUGUGCGCUGGGACCUGCUCUGCAGGCUGCCUUCAAGCUGCUGUCCCCCACUGGAGGCCGGGUCUCUGUCUUCCAGACACAGCUGCCUUCUGUAGGGGUCGGGGCACUGAAGUCCAGAGAAGAUCCCAACCAGAGGGCUUCUGCAAAGGAUAUUCCACAUCUGACUCCUGCCACUGAUUUCUACAAAAAGCUGGCCCUGGACUGUUCAGGGCAGCAGAUUGCUGUGGAUCUUUUCCUGCUUAGUGGACAAUACUGUGAUUUAGCUUCAUUAGCCUGCAUAUCCAAGUAUUCUGCAGGCGGAGUGCACUACUACCCUUCAUAUCACCACCUGCACAACCCUGCCCAGGUGGAGCAGCUCCAGAGGGACCUGAAGCGCUACAUCAGCCGAAAGAUUGGCUUCGAGUCGGUCAUGAGGGUGCGCUGCACCAAAGGUCUUUCUAUACACACCUUCCAUGGAAACUUCUUUGUCCGUUCGACGGACCUGCUGUCGCUGCCCAACAUCAACCCAGACUCGGGGUUUGCUGUUCAGAUGUCGAUUGAGGAGAAUCUCGUAGACAUGCAGGUGGUUUCUUUCCAGGCUGCUCUUCUCUACACUUCCAGCAAAGGGGAGCGGCGCAUACGAGUCCACACUCUGUGUUUGCCAGUCGUGAACUCCAUGGCUGACAUCUUCGCUGGAGCGGAUGUGCAGGCCAUCACAGGGCUGCUGGCCAGCAUGGCGGUUGACCGCUCAGUCACAGCCAGUUUGAGCGAUGCCCGCGAUGCUCUGGUGAAUGCUGCGAUUGACUCUCUGCGUGCCUAUCGCUCUGGCGGACUCAGUGUGCAGCAGCCUGGCCUUGUCGCCCCUGCCUGCCUGCGCCUCCUCCCUCUCUAUGUGGUUGCCCUGCUCAAGCAGAAAGCCUUCCGCACUGGAACGAGCACAAGGCUGGAUGAGCGUGUGUUUGCCAUGUGUCAGCUGAAGUACCAGCCCCUGGCUUACCUGAUGCUCAUGAUCCAUCCUGCUCUGUACAGAGUUGACAAUCUUACGGAUGAGGGGGCGAUUAGCAUCGCUGACAGAACAAUCCCUCAGCCCGCAAUUCUGCAGCUGUCUGUGGAGAAGCUGAGCAGGGACGGGUCCUUCCUGAUGGACUCUGGCUCGGUUCUGUAUCUGUGGGUUGGAAGAAACUGUGCACCCAACUUUAUUACCCAGGUGCUGGGAGUUCCCAACUAUACAGCAAUACCUCAGACUAUGACUCAGCUUCCAGAACUAGACACGGCUGAAUCGACGAGAACAAGAGCCUUCAUUUCUUGGCUAAGGGAACAAAGACCUUUUUACCCAAUCUUGCAUGUAAUCAGGGAGGAAAGUCCCCUCAAAGCAAGCUUUAUGCAGCACAUGGUCGAGGACAGGACAGAAUCCGCUCUGUCCUACUACGAGUUUCUGCUCCAUUUGCAGCAGCAAGUUAACAAAUAAAGUGGUUUUCCAAGCUGUGGGAUGUGGUCUGAGAGGAGAACCAAGGAGAGGGGGUGUGAGCAGCGGUGCCUCUAUUCAAGGAUUCAUCACUAAUGACUUUUUACAAAGUGUUUUUCAUCACUGGACCGCAAGAUUGGAGCACAUUAGAAAAUAAAUAAUAAAAAAGUUAUUUUAAAAAAUUUUCUUUUAGCACAGAAGAAACAGAAUCACUAAAGUUAUUCUUUCAAUUAAGACUGGCUGGGGAAUGAGGGAAGGUCAUGGAGUUUGUUGAAAGAACAUUUCUGCUGGUUUAUAAAAUCUCUAUGUAUUGGUUUUAAUACAAUCUCUAUAUAUUGGUUUUAAUAAAAUCUCUAUGUAUUGAUUAAUAAAAUCUCUAUAUAUUGGUUUUAAUAAAAUCUAUGUAUUGGUUUUGGUUGUAAUAUUCUGUCUUCAUUGGCUUCUGUUCUCUGAAUUCUCAAACUCGUGAAGGCAUCACACAUUGAAAGAUGUUGGAAUCAUGAGCGAUGUCCAUCCCUAGUUUUAGGGGAUAAAGGAGCAGUAUUUUGUGGGUCAGAUUUACAGACUCUUCUUCUUCUUAUACAUUGAACUAAUACAAACCCAUGAUGGUGGAUGAUCAGGACAGAAACUGUAAUAAAAUGUGUAGAAUGAAGACUCCCAGCGUGUUGAAUGUAGUGAAGUCGCCACUUGUUUGUAAUUCAGUCUCCUCUGAGAUGCGUACAAAGAGCAGUGUCCAUCGGUUUCAUUGAGACCAUUGAUUGAUUUGAUUUUGUCUGCUUUAAUUCUCACAAUUGUUUUUUUGUUUCCCUCUUAAUAUUAAAGCAGUCCUCUGUUUAAAUUGUAGGCAGUAUGAGAAAUGUUUUUAAUGAAAUAGCAGAAGGAUUUGGAGGCAGAUCCAGUAGAAUCAGGACAUUGUGAACCUUGAUUGUGCGUUGUUGAAAUGGAUUCAUAUAAUAUCUUCACGUAUGUAUAUAAUAGUAAGUGGGAGGUGCUACACAAUUGCGAUUGCUGCACUAGAGUCUGUGCAAGUCCUUGGUUCCUGCUGGUAAUCGGUCCUGUUCUUGAAGCGAUUCUGUUGACAGGGUGCCGUGUAUUGCACUGUAUCUUCUCUCCAGUGCAGCACGUUCUUCUCGCUAGUUGGUUUUCACUCUCGUUUUCCAUGCUGUUGAAAUGCUGCUGUACUUGCCCGUAUGUACAAUCCAGUUGUUGUUGUGAGCACACCAUGCAAGUCUGUCUGUUCUGGAGCUCCGGGCAAGUGUAGCUGGUGUUCCUCUGCAGUCCACUCCCAUCCCACCCUGAUCCUGGGUUUCCCGUCAGUAACAGUCAGCCAAGUUCAGCCUGGGUCCUGGACCCCCUCUUGCUCCUGAUGGGGCUCCUGGAUUAAAAGGGCUCGUGGACUAUACUAGUAAAUGAUGGGUCGUUUGGGGUUCAUUUACUUUAUUUUAAUCUUAGAUCUUUGAUUUGGGGAUGGGAUCAUUUUUUUAUUUUUAAUUUAUUUAAUAAUCAUCAGUAUUCUUUUCAAAGAGAUUCAAUAGCAGGUAAAGGCUUCAGAAGUAACACUGACGAUAUAUAGCGUAAAUAUUGUACUGAAGUAAUGGACCUGGUUCAGUGCAAGAACAAGACAAACUGAAACACAGAGUCCCUCUUGUGGUUCAGUGUGAUGGAAGUGCUGUUAGCGUCUCCACGGCCUGGCACGUGGUUCAGCGUGGUGGAAGUGCUGUUAACGUCUCCACGGCCUGGCACGUGGUUCAGCGUGGUGGAAGUGCUGUUAACGUCUCCACGGCCUGGCACGUGGUUCAGCGUGGUGGAAGUGCUGUUAACGUCUCCACGGCCUGGCACGCUGCUGUUUGGGGUUUUACGUUUAUUAUUCUCUUUUUUUUGUAAUAAUUAUCCUGGUUUUUCUGUCUUCAGUAUUGCAUGUUUGAUUUUUACUUGUGAUGAUUUGUUCACAAUUUAAACAUAAUAAACAUAUAAUUUAAGUUAAGACCCUUUAACCCUUUUGUUUUAACCACUUCAGUUUAAAAAGCAGAAUGAAAGCUUCCCAUCCUCUGGACCAUUGUGUGUGGCUUGAAUUGUACUCAGUUACCAUUCUCUGUAUAUUGUAAACACAAAAUAAAGAGAGCUCUUCUGUAAAGUAGUGUACAAUUCUGUAACCAAAUUAAACUCUACUUCUCUAUGAAGAUC